AUGGCGGUCGUGCAAAAGCCAGAGACAAUGAACGGUGAUAUCCAAGAUUACACUCCAGGACCGCCUAGAGACGAUGUUAAUGAAGCGGCAAACUUGCAAGAUCAGAUUCAUAAUAUACAGAAAGUUAUCAGACUGACCAAAGAGAACUUAGAGGCCCUCAAUGCCACCUUCGGAAAACACCAGAAUCCAGAUCCCAUGUACAUUCAAGAGUAUGAAGCGUUAGCAAACAAAAUUCAUGAACUGCAAGAAAAAGAAUCUCAUCUGAUGACCUGCUAUGAACAGAUAUUAUACAAUGAACGAGAGUCUCCGACAGAUGCUACCCAGGAACAGGAGGGACCGCUUAAGACACCUACUCCCAUCCUAGGAUCUACCCAAGGAAAUAACCUACAGACUUCAGGCCUUGCUGCCCAGUCCAGUCCCAAAGCACUUCGGGCAGGUCAUGUCAAGGCCUAUCUCCCAGAUGAACAAGUCACUUCUGCUCGAGUCGAACCAGGUAUUAUUCUUAAAGAAGCUUUGAAAAAAGCCAUGUCAAGACGAGGAUUAGAGACAGAGAAAUAUGAAGUAUAUGAUAACAAAACAAAAAUGCCAAUAUCCUGGGAUAUAGACAUGGCUAACCUUGGUCCUGGGCGAGAGCUACGUGUUCAACUCAAACGAGGACAACCAUCCUUGUUUAUGCAUAAUAUUGUUAGAAAGACCUACUUCUUCUUAACGUUUUGUGAUGGAUGUGGGAAGUCGCUUUUUCAGAGUCUGAUGUGUAAGACCUGCAACAUUCGGUUCCACCAGCGAUGUAUCAACAGGGUCUCUUUACUGUGUCCCUGGCAUGAUGCCAUCGAUAUACACAAGCCUUUGCAUACUGUGGAUGUUGACAAUACAUAUUAUAUUCGAAACCGAAAUCCGACAAUAUCCAGUAACCAUCGUAACAAGCCAACUCCACCUCUUGGUCACAGAGAACGUUCUACAUCCGCACCCAAUGUUUGUCUUAUUAACGUUGGUGAUGCGUCGGUGGCUGAGGGCUUCGAUAGAUACGUAAAUCCAGCCAUAGUUACAGCUACAGAGCCAAUUAUCCGUGUGAACCAUUCCGCUCACAGUCCUCCAAACAGUACUCCAGACUCUCCAACAAAUUCAGGUGCCCAUCAUCAAAAGUCCAGUUCUACAGAUGUUGACCGUAGGAUCAGGCGCCACAGGAGGGACUCUAAUGAGGAUUGGGAGAUCCCUGCUGAGGACAUCCAGAUGGGCCCACGGAUAGGGUCAGGGUCCUUUGGGACAGUGUAUAGGGGAUACUAUCAUGGCCAUGUGGCCAUCAAACGGCUCAAUGUCACAGACCCAACACCUCAACAACUAAAGGCUUUCAAAAAUGAAGUGGCUGUUUUAAGAAAAACAAGCCAUAUGAAUAUAUUGCUUUUCUCUGGCUGGACAUCACGGCCCCAGCUAGCUAUCAUUACCCAGUGGUGUGAGGGUUCCAGUCUCUACAAACAUUUACAUAUUACAGAAAAUCGCUUUGAAAUGGUAACUUUAAUGGAAAUCUCACGGCAGACAGCACAGGGCAUGGAUUAUCUACAUGCUAAGUCAAUUAUCCAUAGAGACCUGAAGACCAACAAUAUAUUUUUAACAGAUAACUUGACUGUGAAAAUUGGUGACUUUGGUCUGGCUACAGUGAAGACGCGAUGGAGUGGUUCACACCAGUUCCAACAGCCCACAGGGUCUAUAUUAUGGAUGGCUCCAGAAGUGAUACGUAUGAAAGAGGCUAACCCCUACACAAACCAGUCAGAUGUCUACGCAUAUGGCAUUGUUCUGUAUGAACUAAUGACAGGCCAGCUACCUUACUCUAAUAUCAAUAACAAAGACCAGAUCCUGUUUAUGGUGGGGAAGGGCUUCCUAAAGCCAGAUAUCUCCAAAACUCGGUCAGAUACCCCUAAACGUUACAGGAUGCUGAUGCAGGAGUGCUGUAAAUUUGAUAGAGAGCAGAGACCUCUCUUUCCACAGAUAUUGUCGGUGAUGGAAUCAAUUGUGUUAUCACUACGUAAGCUUCGACGGAGUGCAUCGGAGCCAACACUUAAUCAAUCCCAAUCUGAGGACUUAGAUUUAAUGUACUUGUGUGCUUCUCCUAAAACACCGAUCAACAGUCAAUAUCCGCAGUUCUUCUUCUCCUCGGCACAUAAUUAAUGUCUAUAGAGUGUUGUGUUGCCAGAAUGUUGCCAUAGCGAUUAGCUUCAAUCACCCUGCUGCUACUCUACUAUGUAUUCAACCAAUGCAACUAUUGGUCUGGUGUCUGAGGAUGGAGGGAUUAUAUAUGUAUCUGUGAUAUGGAGUGGAGAUUUCGUCAACAGCCAGACUUUUGUGCUGUCAUGAUUGGCAAAUUGGAGGUGAAAAAACUGAGGGGUUUAGACAAGGACAAGCCCACUUUUGACAAAUGGCCAGAGGUCACUGUCAAAGUUGAACUUUGUGAUACAGUGCUUUUAGCCAUGUAAUCUAGACCCCAGAUCCCUCCACAUGUGGCGCUCAUGGAGCGAUGAUCAGCUAUGGAGAAGUGGUACAUUCCCGACUUUGCUAGCCUUUUUUGGGUGGUUAAAUGCCCACUUUGCUAGCUCAUAUGUAACUUCUGUGCUAGUCUAUAAAGACUGGUGUAAUUCUCCAGUGCUAGCUAGCCUGUGGGCUGAUAAUAUUUCUCUGUAUUGCACUAGCCUGCAUGGACUCCUACCUGUGCUUUGGCUUAUUUGAAGCCUGAACGCGAAAUAAGGAAGGUAUGACUUCAAAAUGGAAAAGAUGGCGUUGUAAAGAGAAAAAGAAGGACAAAAAUACAUUUUCUUGCUAUAAAGAGAUGAUGGUAGACUGGAGAAUUGUGUGCUUUAUUUACCUGCUGUCUGUAUAGGCUGAUACUAGCCUUGUAUAGGCUGAAAGUGUCCCAGAGUCAGUAUAACCCAGCAAAGCAGAUGCAUUUGAGAAUGUUACUGACAAUGUGGUUUCUAUUCAUUCUCUUAUUCUAAAUUAUGAAAUAUUGCCUCCAAGAGGAAUGUACUAGUAAUGUUUCUCAAUUCUGCCAAUUAGACUAUAUAUGAGCUGGUGGCCUCUAAGAGGAUUUGUGUACCCCAUGUGUGAUGCACAUAUGUGGGUACUUUGUAGCUUACUGUGGGAGGGCAUAUUAUGAGUGGAGGGCAGUGUAAGAGGGCAAAAAUGUGAUUUAAGAUAUGAGGGCAUUGUAUAAAUUUCAGUGUAUUUGGAUGACAGAAUGAAUUAAAGGAAAAUGUGUCCCCGAAGUAGUGUGUGUUUAAUGUACAUGUGUGUAGAAUAUGUGAAAAUUGAGAGCAUUAUAUUUGGUAUGUAAUGUGUUGUGUGUAUGUUUAGGAAGGAUAAUAAAGAAGUGAUAUUCUAAAUUUUUCAUAGUGAAAAGCAUAGCACUGGGGAUAAACUUGUCCCUAAUUGUUUCAUGGAUAGAGAAAGAAGCGAGAUGCUAUAUAUAUAUAUAGACCUAUACAUUGAUUGAAAUCGUAAACAUAAACAUACAAUUUUGAUGGUUAUUGAAAAUUAAGUCUUCUGGAAACUAGUGCAACCAUACAACACCAUUUUAAUGUUGUUUGUCUCUCAUGAUCACAGUUUAUAAGUAACAGUUGUCUACAUAGAUGCAUUUUAUACAGUGAAAAAUGGUCUGAAUUCAGUGGCGGGAAGCUUGGUUUGCACUGAAACAUCAACGUGUGUAGGAAUGCUGUAGGAAAUAUGUGCCAUGUCUGUAAGUAUAUAUGAAGGUUUUCUAUAAAUGAUUAACCUUGAUUAUGAAAAACAUGUCAUCAUACAUUGUCUCACUUUCCUUAUAAAUAUUUAGUCUCAAGUUAUUGACUUUAUCAUUUUUAGAGGGACAACUGAGUAUACAGGAAAACUGAACUUGUCUUCUGAUAUAUUCUAUUGGCUAUGUGUGAUUGAAACAUUUAUUAGAGAGUAGGGGUGACCCCUAUAACAAAAUCCUGUGAGGUGAAGCCAAGUAUGAGCUAUAGAAUGUCAGUCCGAGACUGAGAUGAAUUGAUCAGGAACAUAUACGGAUAACAGAUUCUAUUUCUCGUAAAAAUUUGUCUUAGUUGCCUGAAAAAUUUCAGAUUAAACUAGAUUACCUCCCUUUUGUUUGUACAUGAACUAUACAAUUACAAAUAUGUUAUGAUAUCAUUUUAAUUAAACUUCAGUUCGUAUUUUAAGUCUGACCCUCUUUUAUUGAUAUUUCCUUGAUAUCCCCGAAGUGUUUAUUAAUAGAUACCACUCAGCUGAAUUAUGUUUUAAUUUUUUUAUAACUACCAAGUGGAAUUUUCUCAGAUUUUCUGACCGUACACAACUUAUGAAGGUUAGAUAUAUAUUGUAUAUGGGAAAGAUGAGAAAUGUUUGAUUUAGCUUUUUUUUUUGUGUGUAAUUUCUUUGAAAGUAUUUGAAAUUGUAGAAUCUUCAAAAUCAAUGGAUUCUGAUAUAUUCUCAUUAGAAAAAAGAAAAAAUGAUUGAAAUAAAAACAGGAUUUUUCAAAAUUUUAUUUAUUUAUUUUAUUUUUGUAAG